AAAAAAAGGAGAAAAAAUUGAUAACUCUGAAAAAGAGAAACCCCAAUUAAACCCUAAUCUGCGCCGGUUGCUUUAGCUAAGUAGCACCUUCGCCUUAUAUCUCCUAUGUAGUGUUUCAAUCCAUCAAUCUCUUGUUAUGGCUGUGAUCGAUAGCCAUGGCAACCCGCCGAGCGAGUCAUCCGUUAAAGCUGAGGAGAAUCCUCAAACACUAUCUUCUCCGGAACCUGGUGCCACUGCGAAGGUGAAGAGAAAGAGAAAGAAGAGAAACGAGGGAUCAAACGAACAGUUCCAGGCUGAGGUAUGCCCUAAACCCUUAGUAGACUCACCAUUUUCUCAAGAGGGAAAUGUUGAAGCCGCUGCAGAUAAUGCUUGCCCAAACCCCAAGAAGAAGAAGAAGAAGAUUAAGAAUGUGCAUGGUGAAGAACAGCUUCAGGCAUCUGACCCUCCAAUUGCGGUUUGUGUGGAAUCCGAUGAUACAAAGGGAGAAGGAGCUCGACAAGGUGAUCCUAAUGGGAAUGGAGAUUUGCACCCUAAACCCUUAUUAGAUACACCGGUCCCAAUUGUUUCCCGUGAGGAAAAUUCUGAAGGAACUGCAUUGAACCCUAACGCAACCAAAAAGAAGAGAAAGAAGAAAAUUUUGCAAGUCGCAGAGGACACACGUGACCCUUCAAUCCGGAUAGGUGUGAAAUCUGAUGUUACGAAGGAUGAAGGAUCACGAGAAGGUUAUGGUAAUGAUAGUGGGGCUUUGUACCCUAAACCCUUGAUAGAUACAGCAGUCCCAAUUGUUUCCCAUGAGGAAAAUUCUGAAGCAACUGUACUGAACCCUGGCGAAACCCUAAAGAAGAAGAGGAAGAAGAAAAUUUUGCAAGUUGCAGAGGACACAUGUGACCCUUCAAUCCGGAUAGGUGUGAAACCUGAUGUGACGAAGGAUGAAGGAUCACGAGAAGGUGAUGUUAAUGAUAAUGGGGGUUUGUACCCUAAACCCUUGGUAGAUACACCAGUCCCAAUUGUUUCCCAUGAGGAAAAUUCUGAAGCAACUGUACUGAACCCUGGCGAAACCCUAAAAAAGAAGAGGAAGAAGAAAAUUUUGCAAGUUGCAGAGGACACAUGUGACCCUUCAAUCCGGAUAGGUGUGAAACCUGAUGUUACGAAGGAUGAAGGAUCACGAGAAGGUGAUGUUGAUGAUAAUGGGGGUUUGUACCCUAAACCCUUGGUAGAUACAGCAGUCCCAAUUGUUUCCCAUGAGGAAAAUUCUGAAGCAACUGUACUGAACCCUGGCGAAACCCUAAAGAAGAAGAGGAAGGAGAAGAUUUUGCAAGGUGCAGGGGAAAUAUGUGACCAUUCAAUCCGGAAAGGUGUAGAAUCUGAUGUUACGAAGGAUGAAGGAUCACGAGAAGGUGAUGUUAAUGGGAAUGAGGGUUUGUGCCCCGAACCCUUACUGGAUACAAAAAUCCCAGUUGUUUCCCAUGAGGAGAAUGCGGAGGGAACUGCACGAAACCCUAGCCCAACCCCCAAGAGGAAGAAGAGGAAGAAGAAGAAGAUUUUGCAAGGUGCAGACGAAAAAUGUGAGGCUUCAAUCCGGAUAGGAGUGGAACGUGAUGUUAAGAAAGAUGAAAGAUCACAAGAAGGUGAUGUUAACAAGAAUGAGGGUUUGUGCCCUAAACCCUUAUUGGAUACACAAAUCCCGAUUGUUUCCCAUGAGGGAAAGGCCGAAGGAACUGCACAGAGCCCUAGCCCAGCCCCCCAGAAGAAGAAGAGGAAGAAAAAGAUUUUGCAAGGUGGUGAUCAAAUAUGUGACCCUUCAAUCCAGAUAGGUUUGGAACCGGAUGUUGCGAAGGAUGAAGGAUCACGAGAAGGUGAUGUUAAUGAGAAUGCGGGUUUUUUCCCUGAACCCUUACUGGAUUCAAAAAUCCCACUUGUUUCCAAGGAGGAGAAUGCUGAGGGAACCGCACGGAAGCCUAGCCCAACCCCCAAGAGGAAGAGGAAGAAGAAGAUUUUACAAGGUGCCGAGGAAAAAUGUGAGCCUUCAAUCCUGAUAGGUGUGGAAGGUGAUGUUAAGAAGGAUGAAGGAUCACGGGAAGGUGAUGUUAAUGAGAAUGAGGGUUUGUGCCCUACACCCUUACUGGAUACACCAAUCCCAAUUGUUUUCCAUGAGGAAAAGGCCGAAAAAACUCCACAGAGCCCUAUCCCAACCUCCAAGAAGAAGGGGAAGAAAAAGAUUUUGCAAGGUGCAGAUCAAGUAUGUGAACCUUCAAUCCAGAUAGGUUUGGAGCCUGAUGUUGCGAAGGAUGAAGGAUCACGAGAAGCUGGUGUUAAUGAGAAUGGGGGUUUGUGUCCUGAUCCCUUGCUGGAUACAAAAUCCCCAAUUGUUUCCCAUGAGAAGAAUGCUGAGGGAACUGCACGGAACCCUAGCGCAACCUCCAAAAGGAAGAGGAAGAAGAAGAUUUUGCAAGGGGCCGUGGAAAAAUGUGAGGCUUCAAUCCAAAUAGGUGUGGAACCUGAUGUUAAGAAGGAUGAAGGAUCACGGGAAGGUGAUGGUAACGAGAAUGAGGGUUUCUGCCCUACACCCUUACUAGAUACACCAAUCCCAAUUGUUUCCCAUGAGGAAAACGCCGAAGGAACUGCACAGAGCCGUAGCCCAACCCUCAAGAAGAAGAAGAAAAAGAAGAUUUUGCAAGGUGCAGAUCAAAUAUGUGACCCUUCAAUCCAGAUAGGUUUGCAACCUGAUGUUGCAAAGGAUGAAGGAUCACAAGAAGGUGAUGUUAAUGAGAAUGGGGGUUUGUGCCCUGAACCCUUACUGGAUACAAAAAUCCCAAUUAUUUCCCAUGAUGAGAAUGCUGAGGGAACUGCACGGAACCCUAGCACAACCCCCAAGAGGAAGAGGAAGAAGAAGAUUUUGCAAGGUGCCGGCGAAAAAUGUGAGGCUUCAAUCCGGAUAGGUGUGGAACCUGAUGUUAAAAAGGAUGAAGGAUCACUGGAAGGUGAUGUUAAUGAGAAUGAGGGGUUGUGCCCUAAACCCUUACUGGAUACACCAAUCCCAAUUAUUUCCCAUGAGGAAAAGGCCGAAGGAACUGCACAGAGCCCUAGCCCAACCCUCAAGAAGAAGAGGAAGAAAAAGGGUUUGCAAGGUGCAGAUCAAAUAUGUGACUUUAGUCCAAAUCCCAAGAAGGGGAAUUUGCAUGGUGCACAACAAAUAUGUGAUCCUUCCAUCCGGAUAGGUUUGGAAUCUGAUGAGCCAAAUGAAGAAGGAGGACAUCAAUGUUCUGAUAGAGCUGAAAGAAGUACACAGAACCCCAACCCAACUCCCAAGAGAAAGAAGAGGAAGAAUGUGCAAGGUCAACAGCAACAGCUUCAGAUUUGCGACCCUUCAAUCUCGAUAGGUGUGGAAUCUGAUGUUAUGAAGGAAGGAGCAAAACAAGUUGAUGCUAAUGAAGUUGGGGUAUCAGGAAUAAGUGAAGAAAGCCCUUUACCUGAUUCCACAGCCCCAGAAGACACGCACCGUAAAAAGGAUUCUGUGAGGAAAAAAAAGAAAGCCCUUAAGUCUCAAGGGGCUGAAGCAGAAUCAGAACCAGAACCAAAGGAGUCCAAUAGCACAGAGAACCCUCAACAGUGCACCCUGGACCUGAAACCGAAAAGUAAGGUGAAGAAAGGGCCAGGAGCCAACGCUGAGAACUCUGGAGUGUGUUCUAAACCUGAAGUGGCACCCCAAUUAUACAUAGCAGCCACUACGGCCUUAGAAGUUAAAGAAAAGGCAGAGCUAAUUGAAGUUAACAUAGAGCAUUCUGAAGCGGGUUCUAAACCUGAAUUAGAGCCCUCAAUAGACAUACCAAGUCAAAUGGAGCCCCGAAAGAAAAAAAGAAUGAAGAAAGAAAAGAAAAAAGAGACAAAACCGAGUGAAUCGCAUGCACAACAUCCUCAGCCUGAACCUUGUUCUAAUCAUGCACCUGCAGUUCGAGGAAUAAUUGAAGAAUGCCCUGGACCUGAAGGGGCAGAAUCCAGUGGCAAGCCACCUGAAACGGCAGUAGCACUCUCAAUAGACCCUAAAAUACCAGACCAAGCUUCCCCAAACGACACAGCAACCCCAAUAGACCAAGAUCAGAAGGUGAGUGAGAAAAAGAGGAAGAGUAAUCCUGUAGCUGCUCCCUCAACAGAGCCAACAAUUCAAACAGGCCAAGAUCCCCCAGUAGACCCUGCAACCCCAGUAGACCCAGAACAGAUGACGACGAAGAAGAGUAAGGAAAGUAACAGUGCACUAAAAAACGACGGGUUAAAAUAUGAGAAACGCAAUGCUGAUCUGAGAAAAAGUAAUCCUGUAGCUGCACCGUCAAUAGAGCCAACAAUUCAAACAGGCCAAGAUCCCCCCAUAGACCCUGCAACCCCUGUAGACCCAGAACAGAUGAAGAAGAAGGGUAAGGAAAGUAAUAGUGCACUAAAAAACGAUGGGUUAGAAUCUGUGAAACGCAAUGCUGAUCUAACUGCAGAAACCUCAGUUCAGAAGAUAGAAGGACCCACAGCUAAAAAAUCUAUGGUCAAACGCAAUCCAGAGCGAGCUGCUAAAAACCCGGUUUAUAGAACUGAGCGUCUCAAAGUCACUGAAUCUCCCUCUAAACAUCAUGGUGGACGUUCCUUGCAAUUUGUUCAGAGUUGCGAGGCAUGCCAACAGAUUGGUCACAGAUUAGAACAAUGCAAGAGGUUGAGAACGCUUUCCAAGGAUGAAGAAGUCUGCUUCUUUUGUGGGGAAAUUGGCCAUUCACUUGGACAAUGUGGUGUCUCUCAAGCGGGGGGAAGGUUUGCGAAGUGCUUACUCUGUCAUCAACAUGGACACUUCGGCUAUAACUGCCCCCAAAGUGAAAAUGAAAAAAAGCAUGAGGAGCUUGUAGCAAAUGGGGCUUUCAAUGGAAGUGAAAUAAGGUUUGAUAAAUGCUCACUUUGUCAUAAACGUGGGCACCACAGCCGUAACUGCCCCCAAAAUGGUCAUGAUCCAAAGGUGCUCGCAGCCAAUGGGGGCCAUCAGCAAAUGUCAUGAAACAUCUUGAUAUGGACAAUUAAUUUGGUCAAGCAGCAAUGGAAACUAAAGGACAACCUCUUCCCGAAGUUUCAUGUGAGCAGUACGGUCUUUCUGAUGAGCACGAGUCAAUUUACACCAGUACUCCCGCACUCGUGGGUUCCUCUGCCUUAAGAUUUGAUGAUUAUAUCAUGUCUAACAGACAUGAUUUCCCAAUUUUGGUAGUUUUAAAUUCUCUAUUGGUUUUUCCGUAGCUAUUUUUUGUUUACUUCUCUACGUUGGAAUUAGUUGUGGCAGUAACAAGGUAAAUGCCACAAAGGGUUGCUUAAGAUGUUAAGUAAUAAAUACGACAUGAGAAAUGGCUCCAAUAUUUUUGAAUUCUGUUGGUGACAUUUGUUGAGACAUUUUGGUUGCAGAUAUAGAAUGGAUUGCCUCUUUUUGAAAAAAA